AUGGAGGGCUUCGGCCGCUUCUCCCCGCGGCCUCACUCGGACCUCUGGGAGGCCCCGCCUCCCCGCAAGGAGCGCACAUCCUCGGCGCGGCUGGGCGGGUCAGGGCCGCAGGGCGAGCAGGGCCCGUGCUCCCGGGCCCGGAUUCUCCUCGAGGGGAGCGAGGCCGCGGCGCCCUGGCCGCACCUGCGCUGCUCACCCACCCCGCGGCCCCGCUGGCGCCGGUACCCGGACUUAACGCCUGAAAGCCGCAGCCUGACCGACGUGGCCCGGAGGCCCCUGGGCCACGCCAGGAAGCACCGGCCCAGCAUCCGGCGCCUGGAAGACGCCUGGGGGGAGACAGGUACCAAGCUCCUGGAGCACAGAGGCAGCCCGGCCAGCCCAGCCAGCCCGGCCUGGCAGCAGCAGCCCCAGCUGCCACCUCAACAGCCUCAGCCCUGCCAGCACUACCCUCCGACCCCGGGAGAUGCGCCCCCACCUUACCCGCAGGGAGCUUACACUCGCCCGAGUGGAACUUUCGGGGUAGAAAAGGUGCAGAGCGGAGACCAGUGGGCAGUGCCGGCCUGCAGAGGUCUCGGUCACCGGUCCCUUUACUCGGUUCACACGAAGAAGUGUUCUGUGCCCUCCAGAGAGUUCGGGACGCAGUCAGGUUGCGUGUACAUCCGGAAAAGAUACCGUAAUGAUCCGGUGUUGUCAUUAGCCAGCCAGUACUCCCAGCCCUCGCUCCCCAGCAAGGCGAUGCACAACGAGCACACCCAGAUCCUCAAGAACAUGCUGGAAGAGGGAGUAAUGUCCUCCAGCGACCUUAAGAUUGUGGCCCUGGUGCUGACCUGGCUCAAAAAGGCCCGGAGGGUGCGGGAACUAAAGCAGCAGGCGGCUCUAGCCUGGGAGGAGCUGAAGCGCUCAGACCAGAAGGUCCAGUUGACCCUAGAGACAGAGCGCAAGCUGCUGCUGCAGCAGAGCCAGGAGCAGUGGCCGCAGGAGAAGGAGAGACACAAGGCUCGCCUGAGCCGGGAGCAGCGUGUCCGACGGCGGGACAGGCAAGCAACGAUCUGGCAGGAGAGCAGCUGGAAGGCGCAGCUAGAGGAACAAGAGGACCAGCGCCAGGAGAAGCCGGAAGGGGCCCCCUCUGAGACCGAGACCAAGCACGGGAAGCAGUACCUGCAGGUGCAGCAGCGCCUGCAGCAGCACGAGAGGAUGAUGCAGGACCUGCAGGAGCGGAACAUCCUGCAGCUGCAGAAGAGGCUGAAGCAGGCCCGUCUCAAGAAGCAUGUGCACAUCGCGGAGGGCCAGAAGAAGAUCCAGGAGACCAAUCUGAGCUCCCUAGUCAAUUUCCAGGCCCAGAAGGUCCUCAUGAACUGCCAGGCCAAGGCUGAGGAGCUCCUUCGGAAGCUGUCCCUGGAACAGAGUUCCCAGUGGUCCCGAGAGACCCCCCGGAGCCUGAUUAAGGAGCAUCCCUGGGAGCCGAAGGAGAAGGUCAAGGAGGAGGAGGGGCAGUGCCAGCAGGUCAAGCGGGACGCGGUAGAGUCCGAGGGGCUGAGGAAAGAGCACAAACGGCUGUCCGUGGGGCUCGCGGACCAGAAGCUCCUGCAGACCAGGAGUAACGUCCACAAGAAUAUCAGUGACAAGGUGAGGCACAUCCCGGGGCUCACCAUCCUGCGGGGGGAGAAUCAUCACGUCCUGAAGCUGAAAGCCGAGAAGGAGGAAAAGUGCCACAUCGAGGGCAUUAAGGAAGCCAUUAGGAAAAAGGAGCAAUCUCGAGAGAAAGGUGCAGCCUUCGGUGACUUCCAGAAGAUCUCCAGGGCCUCGAAGACAGACAACGUGAGAAAGUUUGCCAACAACUUCUUUGAUGCGAUAGGGCGGGAGGCACAGGUUCGAGCUGGGCAGCAGGGAGGAGGCCACUGA